CUAAAUAUUUAACAAGCAGGGAACAAAGGUGAGCCCUACAGGAUGUCAGUGCAGAAGCUGAUGCUCGGAGCAGACCUCCAACCAUGCAGAGCCUGUGGUCCCUUUUCCUGUACCUGUUCGGGCUCCUGGUGGAUGCCUUCUCCCUGUGUGAGAUGCCAGCAAAGCUUCAUGCCAGCAAGCUGGACCGAGACCAGUACUUUGGCACGUGGUUCUUCACAGCGGCAGCUUCAUCGUUCCCCUCCUCUCUGGAGCCCUUCACCACUACUGACAGCAUCAUGUUUCGUAUGACCCAAAGCGACAGUCCAGAACGGCUGCAGCUGAGAGCUGCCAUCCGAUUGAAGACAGGCCAGUGUGUUCCCCGGUCAUGGAUUUACUUGCUUACGGAGCAGAGUGCUGAUCUGGCUACAGAAGGCCGGCCCUACAUGCGGACAGAGUUGUUCACUACCAAAUGUCCGGACUGCAUCAUGGUCAAGGAAACAGACCAAGGUUACCAAAGGAUCCUCUUGUAUUCCCGUACCCUCCACCCUGCUGAGAACUGUAUCACAGCUUUCAAGAGCCAAGCUUCCUGCUUGGAUAUGGACGAAUUCCUGCUGAUCCCCAGAACGCACAGUGCCUGUAAAUUUCAAGAAUCUUGAACCUAACAUUCAUAGCAGCUUCAGACCCGCUGUGGCAGGAAUUCAUCAUCCACUGAAGUUGACUUGCCUUGGUCAACUGGAGCAGCAGCUGUCUGGGUGCUGUGAAAUAAAAUUCCUUUUCGGAUGGUCAAAAA